AAUGGAGUAAAGAACAGAGGAACAGACAGGAGCAAGAUCUAACUGAAAGAAGUCAGAAGACAGAGGUGAAUGAACAAACAUCUGGAAAAGAAUGUCAUUUGGAUGUGGGAAAGCCUCCGCGACAGAUCUUGGUAGUAUUUACAGACAUAGGAACAGAAGAAGAUGUCAGAAAUAUUGGACUGACCUUUCCAACCAUGACAGAAAAUUCAUCCCUGCUAGCUUUGGGAUGCUCAGACCUUACCCCAGAUGUAGAACCUGACAUGGCAGCAACCAACAGAAACUGUACGUCUACAGUUUCAGCAAAAAAAGAAUCAAUAAUUCCACUACAGCCUCCACCAAAACAUCCCCCAAAACCACCCAUCAAACCUCCACAUCUCUUCAGUGCCAUGAAGUCUGUCAUAGAAGAGGAAAAGGAGAGAAGAAAGCAAGAGGAUGAAGAGUGGAGAGACUUGGUGGAGGAGGAAAGGGAUGAAAAAGAAGGAGAUGGAGAGGACAGAGGUAAGGUACACAGAGAUUCCAGAGGUGGCGAGUUGAGCACUCCAACCGUGACAGAAAAACCAUCACAACUUGGACAAACAGUAUUGGGGUCUGUCCCCAAAUUCUGUCUCAUGCCCCCUUGUAGAGACAGACCAACAUCAGUAGUCACAGCUGAGAACCAAACUCUUGAUCGUAAGUCUCAGCACCCAGGAAAUCACCAGAACAAAACUAAUGGACAGGUCCAAUCUGGUCCACAAGAGGUUCCUACUCAGAUCAGCCCUACAGGGACAGACACAAACGUGGAGACACUCAAAUGGACAGAAAACAGCAAAGAAAUCCAGAUAUCUGGGACAUGGGGACGAGACUCUGAUGUGAUUUCUAAACUCCCAUCUGGAUGGGAAGGGACAGAGGUGGAAGGGACAAAGUUGGAUCCUUAUGAGCUGGGACUGAAGAGCUCAGAGGACGCACAGGAAGUUGGUGGGACACUUGUGCAUGGAGAACCGAAGCAAACAAACCAAAAGACCAACACCAGAGGGAAAGUGAAAAAUCUUGCCAAGAAGGUGAUUGGUAGAUUGAAAGAGGGAAGAGAAGAGAGAAAAAGAACCAAAGCGACAGAGAUGGAAAUGGAGGACAUUGAAUUAACACUGGAUGAAAGGAGGCAUGGGAAGGAAGGAUGGAUGAAUGAUGAGGAGGAAGGGCUGGAUGAAGAUGCUGUGGACCAUUUAGCUCCAACAGAGACACAGAGACACGUGGACCUGAUGGAGAGGAGGAUUAAAAGAGGACAUGCAACAUCUUACAGUCCUUUCGCCUCCUUCAAAGUGGGCAGUCCAGUGAAGCUGGUGGAGGAGCUGCUGACAGGUGAUGAGAGGUUCCAGUUCCUGAACAGAGACCAGAGCUCCACACCUGACCCCCCUGACACAGAAGAGCCCAGUGCUGACCUCCAGUUCACUCUGGAUGAGUUUGAAGGAAACUCCUCUGUCUCAAAGGAGGAAUCUGUUUAUGAGAUUAUCGAUUGUUCAGAUAUGAUCACAGAGGAGAGCCAAAUAUAUGAGCAACUGGAUCUGAACAGAGCACCCAGUCCAGUACUGCAGAGUGAAACCAGUGAAACCAUUCCAAUGACCCCCAGGACCAAAAACAUUUAUGACACAGUGAAGUUUUUCCCGCCUGCACAGCCUACAGUCACACACAUGACCUUGUCUGAUAUAAAGUCUCAGGGAGUUCUGGACAGUUCACUUCAGAAGUAUCUCAUCAAGCUGAGCAAGAAGAGGAAACGCAGAGCAGGACGGAGACAACGUGGUGACAGGAGCAACGACGUCAUCAGGGGGUCUCCGUCCUCCACCUCUCCACAGCAAAUCUUCCCUGCCUCCGUCUUCUACUACGUCCCAGCUGCAGGAGGAGAGGUAGAGCAGCAGCUCUCUGCGGUGAAGUGUGGAGGAAGCAGCCCCAGAAGUCUGGCCAAGUUAAAGAUAGCUCUGAAAGAUAAAACCAUCCCGAGAGCAGCGCAGCCGAAGGAGGACAGAGGGAAGUAGAGGACGCUUCGCCAUUUUAUUCAGCGUGUUACAGUGUGAUGUUAGCAUCAGUUUUUGUACAGCAAAGCUAAAACAAUAUAUUUUUCUGCUCUGAUCUCUGCUAAUAUACCAGUGCUAACUUUUUUAAUGCUAAUAAAUUUAAUUGGAUAUUAUUAUGCAUUUAAAAAGAAACAAAAUUAAUCUAAGCCACCAUUACAUCUACAUCAUAACCAUUCAAAUUUAAAUGACUGGUAGUUAAUAAGAAAUACAGCACUACUUUAAAUACAGAGAUGCAAACAUAUGUAGAUAUGUAUUUAUUUAUGUUUCAAAUUAUUACCAACAUCUACUUAGGCUAUUUAGUCAUUCAUUGCAUUUGUAACUAUUUGUACAUGUAUUUACCUCAGUGUUUAUGCAUAUAUUUUGUGUUUCAUUUGUUAAUUGAAGGAUUUUCUUUCUGCAUUUAUAAUUUUUCA